AUGCUGCAUCCUGCAGAUGGGGAAGCAUGGAAAGAGUUCGAUCGAACGUUCCCCGACUUUGCUGCUGAUCCUCGAAAUGUUAGAUUGGGACUUGCCACUAACGGAUUCAAUCCGUACGGGGUUCUAAACAACACCACAGCACUUGGCCGAUUUUCGUAUUUCCAUAUAAUUUGCCGCCUUGGAAAUGCAUGA